CAUGUAGUGAAACUUACGAAAUUUGAAGAGAUGUCUUUUGAAGAAAUGGUGAGGAAGUGAGGGCGUUGGAAUAUGGUGACACGAGUAUGACCAGUGAGUCAUCCGAUUUGGAGAGGACGGAGGAAGGGGUAGGAAGGAGUGAAAUGGUUGGGGUAGAGGGAGAUAGGGUGCCUAUUAUUGUAGUAGAAGUGGAAGGUAGGAAUGAGAGGUGUUAUGAUGUGGAUGCAGAGAUUGUGUCUGAGGUGAGGCAGUAUGAGUCCAAACUCGAGACCAGGGAUAGCCUGGAUGACACAGAGUGGGAAAGGAGGGAUGCCGAGGUGGAACUGUUGUCAUCUUGGAAGGCUAAGAAAGCCAACCAAAAUAAAUAUAGUUUAAAUGAGGAUGAGGAGGAAAAGGUGGGGAAGUUGGUGAAGGAGGGGGGUAAGUUAGUUAAUAUAAUGUACCUCACCAACGUGGAUUGUAUAGAAGCUGUUGAGCUCUAUGGGUCAAGCGCUUUGAGUGAAGUUGAGAUGGAUAAGUUUUUGAAUGCUGUUGGAGGGCUGGCCAUUCCAAAGAAGCGUCAAAGGCUUCAACUAAGGAGGGGAGUGAAGUGGGAGCUGGGAAGGAGAAGAGGUGCUGAAGUAUUGUGGGGCAACCUGGUGAAGCACGCUCUUGAGAAGGAGAAGGAAGAGCUGGAGAAGAAAAAUAAGGAUAUGCAAGAGGCACUGGAUGAGGUGGUACCAACAGUGAAGCAGCUUGAGCAGGAGAAGGAUUCUUUGAGUACCAAGCUCGUCUUUGAAAAGAAAAAGAGAAAGAUCUCUGAAAGCGAGCGCGAGGCUCAGGAGAAAGAGAUAAAGGCAAUGAAAGAAGUUGUGGUUGAACUGAAGAAGAAUGUUCAGCUGUUGAUACACAAUGGGAUGGAGGAGCACAUAAACAACUUCAUCAACUCCAGCUCGUUUGACAACAUUAUCAACCUUUAUCGGCUGCCGACUGCUAUUCUCGCCUUCACAGAUUGCAGAAAGAAGGUGAAAGCUAAGUAUCCCGAAGUGGAUAUUAUGAAGAUCACCUUUAGUGAGCAAGAGGAAGGGGUGGAGGAAAACGGUGAGACAAUGGAGGAAGAGGAAGCAGAGGUAAAAGGUGUUGGAGUUGAGGAAAACCAGCAACCUCAUCCAGUGGAGGUCCAUUCAAUUCCUUCUAACGAAGAACAGCCACCUCAGUCAGCGAAGCAACCACCUCUUCCAUCAGAGCAGCAGCCACCUCAGCCACCACCCCAAUAGAUUAAUUAGGAGUUUUUUUUUAUUAUUUUAUGAUCUUUCUUUUUUACUAACAUUGGAACAAUUGAUAAUUUAAACAGUUUGUAUCUUUUAGUAUUUGAGUUUAAUAAAAAUUUUUGUUGGUGAUUUAUGUGUAACAUUUGCUUUGUGCUUUAUUUGUUUUAUGAAGUAAAUUACUUCGGAUAUG